GCUCCUUCACGCUGGCCGUUCAAUUGAAGUAGACAUCAGCCCUCUUCUGGAAUUUUACCUCUCGUAGGAAACGUGGGUUAGAAGUCCAAUAGACAGAAAAUCGCCAAAAUGAAACCGCUGAUGCUGCACGGCCACGAGAGGGCCAUCACUCAGAUCAAGUACAACCGGGAAGGGGAUCUGCUCUUCUCAUGCGCCAAGGACCACACGCCCAACGUGUACUACUCCCUCAACGGGGAGCGUCUGGGAAACUUCCACGGCCAUUCGGGUGCCGUCUGGUGCAUCGACGUCAACUGGGAUUCAACUAAGGUCAUCUCGGGCGCCGGUGACAACACUUGCCGUGUGUGGGACCUAGAAAGAGGAGUGAACAUCAACACGAUUGAGACGGCAACGGCAGUCAGGACAUGCAUGUUCUCGUUCAGCGGACGGAUGCUCAUGUACAGCACGGACAAGUCCAUGGGACGCUUUUGCGAGAUCCACAUCGUAGACACGGCCGACAAGAGGCAAAUGGAGGGCCACGACUCGGCUCUGGUGAUCCCCGUGAAUGGGAGCAAAGUGACCAGCGCCCUCUGGUGGCACUACGACGACGGAAUCCUCUCUGCCCACGAGGACGGUACCGUCUCCAUCUGGGACAUCAAGAGUGGAGAGCAGCUCAACACGAUUAAGCCACACAACUUGACCAUCAACGAUCUCCAGUAUAACAAGGACCAGAGCUUCUUCAUCACCGCCUCCAAAGACACCACUGCUAAGCUUUUUGAUGCAGACACCUUGGAGCAUCUCAAGACAUACAAGACGGAACGUCCGGUCAACUCUGCUUCGCUGUCCCCCAUCAAGGAGCAUGUGGUGCUUGGAGGUGGUCAGGAAGCCAUGGAUGUAACGACCUCUUCUACGAAGGCGGGUAAAUUCGAUGCCCGUUUCUUCCACCUCAUCUUCGAGGAAGAGUUUGGCAAGGUGAAGGACCACUUCGGUCCCAUCAACAGCGUCGCCUUCCACCCCGAUGGAAAGAGCUACAGCAGCGGUGGUGAAGACGGUUACGUCAGGGUCCAUUAUUUUGACCCUUCAUACUUUGAUUUCCAAAUUGAGUUCUGAGGUGUCCUCAAUGUUAUUAAAGAUAUUUUUCCUCCUUA